AUGUUAGAUAAAACACAAACAAUAACAAGACAGAUAUUAUCUUUAAUUAAAGAAUUGGAGGGUUGUUAUAUUGAUGAGCAAAAUCAAUUAAAAGAAGAGAUUGAUGGUUUUGAAGUAACAAGAUCUAAAAUCAAUGAUAUUAAAAAGAUUAUAGAUGUCUCUAUGAUUACAGAUCCAAUCACACUCAAUAUUGGAGGAACAAUAUUUCAAACCUCCAAAGCAACUCUAACACGUAUCAAAGGAACUUACUUUGAUAUAAUGUUGUCUGGUGAAGCUAAUAUUAAACCAAUGACUGGUGCCCCAAAUACAUUCUUUAUUGAUAGAGAUGGAUCAAAUUUCAAAUACAUUUUAAAUUAUCUUCGUGAUGGUGAUAUUAAUGUCAUUCCAAAAUGUGAGGAGGUCAAAUCAGAGGUUGAAAGAGAAAUGAAGUUCUAUAAAAUAGAUUUACAUAUACCACCAUCUUCACCAUCAACAUUGAUUGAACUAUCACAUUUUGAAUUGGUCGAUAAUUGGAUUGGAUCAAAACAAAAUUAUACUUUAUUGUACAAGGGUUCAAGAGAUGGACUUGAUGCAACAAGUUUCCAUAAACAUUGUGAUGAAAAGGGUAAAUCUAUUACACUGAUUAAAUCUAGUGAUGGUAAUGUAUUUGGUGGUUACAAUAGUCAAGAUUGGGAUUCAAAUGGACAAACUUGUGGUGACCCUAAAUGUUUCCUUUUCACAAUCAUCAACAAACAAGGAUUGAAACCUACAAAGUAUCCAGCUAUCGACCUCCCUAGCAACCAUGAUGAUAGUUUCCCUUCUACCUACACAGAUACCACUGGAUUGGGUAGUCGUACAUUUACGGGCGAUGAUACAUUCAUAGUUGAAGAUAUAGAGGUUUUUGAAGUCACUACAAACUAA